GCCCGCAGGCCGAUGUCAAGAUCUCAGUCUUGGCAGCGCUCGAUGAUCCCAUCUUUUGUCAAAUCAGUCGAUCACCACCUCGCACCUCUCCGCCCGCGCCUCCUCUCCACACACACGCAGCAUGUCGAAGCACGUCAAAGACGCCACGCGCUUCACGGCGACGGGAGUAUGGGCGCAUACAAAACCAGGCGGCCGCGCCACGACGCUGAAGUUCGCAGAUCCGGCACCCAAGAAUGAGACACCGCAGCAGAAAGUCAAGAGGCUGAGGGAGGCUGCGAACCGGGCGAAGAUGGCGCAGGUCACAAAGUGGGAUUACGCGUAUUUGUACGGGAGAAUGGCUGCGGAUGCGGCGCAUAGGUUUACGGUGUACGGCUUGAUUUUCGCUACGGGCUGUGUCGGUGUCCUUGCCGUGUUCUCGAUAGGCGACAUGAUCGUUUACAACCGCCGAAAGCGCGCCAUCUACUUUGCGGAGCAGGAGCGCGAACAGGCCAAGAUCCUCGAAGCCGCUCGGUCCGCCGUCAUAGCUGGAACCGCGUCGCCCGCACAGACAGCGCUCGUCACAGGAAUCGCCGAGGAAGAGGAGGCGAUGGAGAAGAAGAAGGCGGAGAGGAAAGCGCCGUCCAAGCUGCUGUGGUGGCUGCACGGUGACUGGAAGGAGGAGAAGCUGCUGGAGGAGCAGAGGAAGGCCGCGCUGGCAGAGUUCAAGAGGAUAGAGGCAGAGGGGCAGAGCUCUGGCGUCAAUGCGGGUAUGGCUAGCGUCACGGCUGCAGUGCAGGAGGCACGGGACAAAGUGUCAGACAAGGUCUCGAGCACCCUGUCGACGACAACAUCUACGUCAGCACCGGUUGUCGGCGGCCCGCUGGACCAGGAGGCCGCAAAGGCGACGCAAAAGGUUGAGCAGACGAGCAAGGGCUGGCUGGGGUGGAUGUGGGGAUCGUCGAAGAAAGAGUAGGGGUACUACGUUGAGCGAAAGGGGGCAAGGACCUCGGUGUACUAUACUCGACUUGCGGCUGUACAUUUGCUGUUUCACUACCAUGUUUGCAUCGCGGAGUUGGACAACACAUGUAGACGGGUGGGGUAUCUCUGUCAUUGGUGUCUGUAAUUGCAUAUCGACCAUCACCUGCUUCUGUCUCUAUCGAUUCCCUUCUGAGACGGGCAUGUAGCUCUGGCGGCG